AUGUUCGCUGUUCGCUCCAUCCGCGCCCCUUUGGCUCGCGUCACCCUCCGCGCUACCCCCGUCGCCCGCUUCUCUGCCCUCUCUGUCCGCUUCGGUGGUCACCACGAGGUGAAGAUCCAGCAGGGACCCGGUGCCGCUGCCGGUGCCACUCCCACUGACUUGGACCAGUCCACUGGUUUGGAGCGUGCUGAGAUUUUGGGAAAGAUGCAGGGCAAGGAUAUCUUCGAUCUUGCUCCCUUGGAGGUCCACGUCCGUGGUACCAAGGCCAACCCCACCAUCAUCCACUCCCGUGAUCCCAUCCGUUAUGUCGGAUGCGCUGGUGUUCCCGGCGAGACCCACGAGGUUCAGUGGCUCCUCAUUGACGAGACCCACGAGUUUGACCGUUGUGACCAGUGCGGCAACGUCUACAAGUGGACUGCCUAUGAGCCCGAUGAGAACUUCCCCGGUAACCACGGUCACCACCACUAA